GCAAAAAUAUGCCGGGUACGAUGCCCAAAAUCUGUUAAAAGUUAGGAUCUAUAAGUAACCUUUACUGCAUGAUGGUAAUGUUUCCGAGCCAUCUUCUUUCUCAUUGCUGAGCAUUAUAUCCUUAGGAUGGUGUCAUUUCAUCGCCUAGCCGUCACAACGCUCUUUAGUUGUGCUGCGGCAGGACAGACUAUGCCAUUCGACGCACGAGAGGCUACAAUCGACUCCGUCCAUCAUGCACUGUACUCAGGACUCUCAACAUGUCGUGAAGUCGUGUCUUCCUUCCUUGCCCGGAUCGAGGCCCGCAACACCCUGACGAACGCGAUUCUGACUCUGAAUCCGAAUACCUUGGCAUUAGCAGAUGAGUUAGACGAGCAACUGGCGGCAGGAAACGCAACCGGACCUUUGUUCUGCGUACCUGUACUUCUGAAGGACAACUAUGACACUAAAGAUUUACCAACCACGGGGGGCAACUUGGCCCUCGCAAAGUCGCGCCCAACAGAAGACGCGCCUAGUGUGGUGGCUUUGAAGAAGGCUGGGGCUAUCAUCUUGGGUAAAGCAAACUUGCAUGAGCUUGCUUUGGAGGGGAUCAGUGUAUCAUCCCUAGGUGGCCAAACGAUCAAUCCGUACGAUUCCACACGAACGCCUGGUGGUAGCUCCGGUGGAACUGGCGCAGCUGUCGCAUCUUCGUUCUGCGUGUUCGGUACUGGUACGGAUACCGUGAACUCCCUUCGCAGUCCUGCCUCGGCCAACUCACUAUGUAGCAUCAGACCUACCCAAGGAUUGAUCACAAGAACGGGCAUCAUCCCCAUUUCGUAUACCCAUGAUGUUAUCGGACCUAUUGCCAGGACAAUCAAAGAUGUCGCUGUAGCAUUGACAGUCAUGGCUUCUUCUGGCUACGAUGCGGCGGAUAAUUCGACAGCACGUGUUCCGUCGUCACGUCGUAACGUGGACUACGCUGCGUCCCUCACCACCGGCACUCUCAAAGGCCUGCGACUGGGGGUGCUGAAUGGCUUCUUCAACCGCACUGACUCACCUGAACUUACUCCCGUUAACAACGCUAUGGACACCCUCAUGUCACGACUAGAGUUGGAAGGCGUAACAUUGGUCCCCAUCAACGAGACGAUCUACAACGCGACAGCCAUCCAAGCCGCGCUCGACGUCCAGCGCUUCGAGUACCGUGAGCUCAUGGAUGCGUAUCUCAUGCGCCCUUCACUUGCCGGCGAGCAUCCUAAGACACUCAACGAGCUGUACUCGCGCAAAGCAGCAAACGGCUCGAGUGGGCAGUUCCUCGUCCUUCCCUCUCAAUACGAAUACGUAAACACAGCCCUCAUCUCCUCGACAAGCAAUGCAACCUAUGCCCAGCGCCAACAGGGAAUCCGCAACUUGACCCUUGCGCUGCUCAAUACGUUCGCUAGUAAUGAGCUAGAUGCCAUCAUCUACCCCGAGCAAAAGAAUCUGGUCGUGAAAAUCGCCUCGGCCUCUCAGUCUGGCCGCAAUGGGAUCCUGGCUGCCCUUACAGGGACCCCUGUUGUUACAGUCCCUGCAGGCUUCAGUGUGCCGAGUGACGACGCGCCGAUUGGUGUACCAAUUGGCAUGGAAAUCUUGGGGAGGCCAUGGGACGAUGAGAAGCUGCUGGGGAUUGGGUAUAGGAUUGAGCAGUUGUUGCAGAUUCGGAGAAGCCCAAUAUGGGCCAGGGAAGUGGUGGAAGUACCGGAGUAUGACAGCGUGCCGACGGUCACGCCGAAUACGAACGGUAUCCCCAGCGCAUAUCCAUUAGGGACACUGUAGCUAUAAGCAAGUUGGGAAGGUGGUGAUAAUGAUAGUAUGGGAUUUCGGUAAUGGUAAUAUCAACGUGAAAUAAACAUAUCCAUCCAUCU